AUGAUCCCAUAUAACUUGGUACUCGGAUCACACCAGUUCACUGCUCCCAGUGGAAUCACCUUUAACUACCUGAUCCGUGGCCACGGUCCCCUGGUUAUUUUUCAGGGUGUCGGGUGGGGACCGUCAAUGCAUCUAUACUCGAACACCGUGAAGGAACUAGAAGAGGACUUCACAGUGCUAUACUUUGAGGCGCGCGGAAGUGGGGGUACCUCUCGUCCAUCGUCAGCUGAUGGAAUGAGCUCAAGGGUCAUGGGUUCGGACUUGGAUUCGCUACGUAUCCACCUAGGACAGGAGAAACUGCGACUCCUCGGUCACUCCAACGGUGGUGCCAUCAUCCUAGUAUACGCAGAGGACUUUCCGGAUAAAGUUGAGAAGCUAGUGCUGAUCAAUCACGAACUGCAAGGUUUCAACUCUGAUAACUUCCAAACCUACGCUGCUGCUCGUCAGGAUCAUCCUGUGUAUGGACCGGCAUUGAAGAAUAUCUUUAAGUUGAUGCAGCAGCCCCCCUCAACCGAUGUUGAGUUUGCGGAGGUAUUACACUCAGUACUGCCUUACUAUAUGCACGACACAAAGAAGACUUAUUUACUAGCCGAUGCACUAAAAGACGGAUCCCUCUCGCUUUGGAACUUCGUGAACCAGAACAGAUGCGACAGUAAUAUGAAAUUCUCCGCCGUUGAAGGGUUGUCGAAGGUUCAGGCUAGGACACUUGUCAUAAAUGGGAGGGACGAUGGAAUAUGUUCAGAAGCUGCCGCCAGGAAAGUAGCCCACGAACUUGGCGGCAAGGCAGAAUUGGCAUUUAUCGAGGAGGCUGGACAUUUACCUUGGCUAGAAAAGCCGGUUGAAUUCUUUUCUGUCGUCAGGAAGUUUCUGAAUUCAUAG